UCAGCAUUUUCCCAUUCGUCCUCUCUCCCUCCGUCUCUCUUCCUUUAGAACUUCCUUUAUUAUUAGUUUGUUCGUUCCCUUUACUUAACUCUCUCUAGUCUAUCUUCCCCAGUUACAUGGUCAUCAUCACUUUCUUCAUUCAACUUUCUGUUAGGCUCCAUUCGUAACACCAAAUUAGGGUUCACCUUUGGAUAUUCAUAAUUCCCAUCCCAAUUUUUGCUAAUCAUAAUUGAUCAGCUUUUCUUUUUUCUUUGCCCAAAAAAGUAACUUCAAUUUUUCCCUUCAAAAGAUAUUUUCAGAGAAAAACUACUACCUAAAUAACCAAUUUUCUCCCCUUUUCUUUUUACUGGUGGGUCUAAACAUAUCAAAGGCUUCCAACUUCAAAGAAUAACCUUAUUAUAAUUAUGGGUUUGCUAGUGGUCUGUUCUUGAUUUCAGUCGCAGAAAUAAAAGAAAAUUGUUAAAGCUUCGUAUAAAGGGGAAAGAACUCUCUUAGGUACUAUGUUCUAUAUAGUUAAGGAGGUUUUGGUAUCUUCUUUCCCUUCAAUGAAAGGGAUCUUGACAGAGUUGAAGUUCCAAUAUUUGAUAUAAUGGAGCAAGCUUUGUGACACUGAUGGAUCCCAAAGCCUUUGUGAGGUUGUCAAUUGGGUCACUGGGUUUGAGAGAUCCCAUAGCGGCUUCAAGGUCUUCAAAAACAGAAAUUGAUGCCCCCUCUUCCUCAUGGAUGUGUGAGAUCCGUCUCCGAGGCUUUCCAGUUCAAACUACAUCAAUCCCCUUUAUAACCUCACCAGAAUCUGCUACUCCAGACCCACAAAAUAUUGCCAGUUGCUUCUAUCUCGAAGAAUCUAAUUUGAAAGCAUUAUUAGCUCCUAGGCGUUUCCAUACUUCUAUAGCGUAUUUGGAUGUCUCUGUUUUCAAAUCUAGGCAGGGGUUCCACUGCGGCAUUAGUAGUAAGAAGCAGCAGAUUGGGACAUUUAAAUUGAAGGUGAGCCGUGAGUGGGGAGAAGGGAAACCAGUGUUGCUUCAUAGUGGGUGGGUUGACAUUAGCAAGAACAAGCAAGAGAGCGCCAAAUUGGCAGUAGAACUGCAUCUUAUUGUGAAGCUUGAUCCUGAUCCUAGAUAUGUUUUCCAGUUCGAAGAUGAGACGACUCUGAGUCCCCAGAUAGUUCAGCUUCAAGGUAGCAUCAAACAGCCUAUUUUUAGUUGCAAGUUCAGUCGUGAUAGGCGGGCACCUCUGCUUGACCCUGUAAACAAUUACUGGAAAAGCUCCAGUGGUGGGAGUGAUCAAGAGAUUGAAAGAAGGGAAAGGAAGGGGUGGAAGGUGAUGAUCCAUGACCUCUCUGGUUCGGCAGUUGCUGCCGCUUUCAUGACCACUCCCUUUGUGCCAUCAACAGGUUGUGAUCGUGUUGCACGCUCCAAUCCAGGUGCUUGGUUAAUUGUUCUCCCCGAUGCCUGUGGGCCUGAGAGCUGGCAACCCUGGGGCAAGCUCGAGGCAUGGCGUGAACGUGGCUUGAGAGACUCAAUAUGCUGCCGAUUUCACCUUCUACCGGAGGGAGGACAGGAUGGUGGACUCCUAGUCUCCGAGAUGUUGAUUAGUGCUGACAAGGGUGGGGAAUUCUUUAUUGACACGGACAGGCAGACCCUGGCAGCCACUCCGUUGCCAAGCCCACAAAGCAGUGGAGACUUCGCAUCAGUUGGACCAGUAGUGGGGGGAUUUGUGAUGAAUUGUAGGGUGCAGGGUGAAGGGAAGCACAGUAAGCCAUUGGUGCAACUGGCUAUGCGGCACGUGACAUGUGUGGAGGAUGCUGCCAUAUUCAUGGCACUUGCUGCAGCGGUUGAUCUCAGUAUAGAGGCUUGCAGGCCGUUCAGUAGGAAGUCUAGGUGGGGUACCAAUCGCCAUUCUUUUUAAAAAUGCAAAAAGGGAGAAAGAAAACACAGAAGACCACAAAAGCUAGGAGGCACCUGGGUGGUAAGCGGGUUUUCAAUGGUUUGUGAGGAUGGAUGAUGAGUGCUGCAGUUCAUUCAACCAUGAUGAUCAUUUUUCCUCGAGGCGGUUGUGUUAUUUACUGUUAAGAAAUUCACAGCAUUCUAUAUAGGUGCUGGUGCGAGUGUUUUGCUUAUUUUCUUCUCUCUGUUCCUUCUGGUUGGGUUAGUUGAUUAUUUCUCAUCAACUAUAAAUGUACAAAGCCGCUCAAGUUAAUUCAGCCAGUUUCUUCUUUAGUCU